GGAAGUGGAACACAACAACGCCAACUGGAGCAGGAAUAAGGGGGAAACAGCAUCGGGGACAGGUCAGGAACACCGCCGACUUGCGAAUCUACCAAUUAGUGUGCCUUGCGACUGCCCUACCAUGAGCUUGGGCUACUCCCCUUCAAUCAACAACGCCUACGCUCCACCAUUAACAACUCGACAAUCCACCAAAAACGAACGCUGCUGAGUCGACUCGACUCAGCUUCCUUCUACUUUUCCGACCAUUCUUCACCUCGAGUUGACUCGAGAGCUUUUAUUCCUACACUCGCCUUCUAUCUGCGAUUUGCUGGAGCCCUUCGUUUUUGAGUAUCUCCUUAUUCUCAGCCGCCAAUUGCUGUACUGCCCUUUUUCCCCUUGUCGGCAAUCUUGACCUCAAGAUAUCCGGAGUAGACUCUUCGUUCGUCUUUCCAAUCAUACCCCGCCAGUUCUCUCCAGCGUUAUAUAGUUAUCAGACUUGGCCAUCGGAUUUCUACCCAGCAUACCAGUGCGGAUCGGCGAACCGACGCCGUAACGAAACGAACCAAAUGACAUUAGCAACCCUCCGACGGGCAAGAUGAACGCGUGGGAGACGGACGACGAGUAUGCUUCGGCUGCUCAGCGGCCGUUGCCUACGCCCGUAGACACACCCAGUAGGAACUCGUCCCGUCACUCUCGACGCUCAAGGCGGAAGAAGUCCGUAUCGCCACUGCACGCUUCGUCGCCGGGCCCCAUACCCCAUGCAGAGAUGCACAACCGGAGGGAGUCGAGGGGCGUGACGACGGACGAAAACAUAUCCAUACUCGACCCGAGACGUUUCACCCCUACGCUUCAUGCCAACCUGGUGGCGGAAAUUCUCAAUUUGAGACGGGACCAGGAGGAGAAGAUACGAGCCAUUGAGGGGCUGGAAGAGACUCUCCAUGCGUCGAAAGGCGAGGUGGAGGAGCUCUCAUUCUCUCUGUCUACCAAUGCAAAGGAGAACCGGUCUUUGAAGCGCCAACUAGCGCUCCUGGAAGGCGGAACAUCCAAUGCGCUUGGGGAGCUGGCAAGAGAGCGUGAUGAGGCCGUGGAAAGUAUUUCCGACAUCAAGAAACGUUUAGAUGCUUCACAGAAGAAGGUUCGCGCGCAAGAGGUGGAUUCCGAUAGGGUUCACAGCCUGUGGGCGCAAGACAAAGAUUCGUGGGACGAUGAGCGUAGGAAACUCGAACGCAAGGUCCACGUAGCUGAAGGACGCCUAAAGACCGUCCUUGAUGAGGUUGCAGCGUAUCAAGCCAGCCACCCUAUGCAGGAGUCCGAGGCCGAGGAGCUCGGAGGGCAUGGUAGUGACACGGCCAGCGUUCGCUCUAUGAGCAUGACAAACAGUGUCCGCUUCUCUAUGCUCCCCAAUAACGGGUCAAAGCUGAUUGGUAUGAGUCUUGCCGACGAGCUCGAUUUCGGAGACGACGAUGAGCUGUCGCAAAUGUAUCCGGAUGGGCACGAGAGCGUUCUCUCCAACACUCAUGGGCCCGAAAGCGUUCUUUCCACAACGCAUAGGCGCAAUCUCAGCCGCGAUAGUAUGAUAUCAAGGAACCACAAACAUACCCAGAGCAUUGAAAGCGUCAGGAGGCCUGGUAGCGUUGUCCGCGGCCGAGUUCUUGCUAACCAGUCGGUAUUGGAGAAGCUCGAAGGGCGCAUUGCGGAAGGCGAUGAAACCUUGGUACUCAUUAAGCCUGACUAUGUUGAUUCCAGCACACAGUACUCUCCAUCUAUCUCUGCCUCGAGCCCAGCUGUACUACCAGAUCCCGCGGCCGACCCGCAACUGAGACAGGUUGACAAUAGCCAAGGAGGAGAGACGGAGGCCAACCAACGCCGCAAACGCGUCCGGGCGAGUACUCCUGUUCCCCAAGUCGCUCCCAACGCAGCGGAUGCAAUGGUCUCUAGUGCGUGCCAGACCGUUGAUGAGCCACUUAGCCCACCGAGAACGCCCACGACACCGACCUCUGUCUCGGAGGUGGAGAAGGAAUGUAUGAUCUCGAUCUCGACACAGACUGAAGGUGAAUGGGCGCUUGUGGUCAAGGCACCCCCUGUUCCCCCAACAAUCCCAUCAAUUUCAAUACACCCACCGACGUCAAGGCCAGCAACUCCUAAAGAAUCGCUGCUACCACAGUACUUUAAGGACGUUGCGUGCCAAGUCUCCAUGCAGGUAGCCGCUCCAUACAGCUCCGCUUCCGUGCAAACGGAGGAAAUCAGAGUUGAUAAGCGAUUAAAUCUACUUCCCGUGCACCUACAGCCCUCAUCAAUAUCAUCAUGCCCUCCUUCUCCUGAACCGUCAACCCAGCCCGCUGGCUUUUUCACACCGGGUGUGGUGCCGCCGCCUCGAAACCCGCGACGCAAGAAGAGCAACCAGAGCAUUGGAGAGCCGCCUUCGUCGCCGCCAGUUCCUAUGCGGUCGCCUCCUGCCCCGCCAAUGUCAGCCGAGACACACGAUUCGUAUCCGGGCAACAAUGAUGAUGGACCUAUUUCGACUGACAAGGGGAUCAGACGCCCCCCUCGCAUUAGCAGCUUGUUCGCUGGCUUCGAGAAUGUCAGCUCUGAUGACGCGGAUGACUUUGCCGAUGGUGAUCUGAGUGAUAGCGACUUCAGGACAGCGCUCUCUGCUCCAAGACCGAGGAAAUCUCUCAACAGAGGCAAGCGGACCUCAAUGGCGCCAACAUCUGUUCCAGAGGAUGAGGAGCCUGCUGAAGAGGCUUUCUCAAACCACGUGAAAAAGCAAGCCCGACCGGCACAAGGGGGCUACGAUGCCAACGGCGAGGUGAUAAUGCGAGAUAAUUCGAAUACAUCUGGCGCAAAGUCGGCCGUCACGCGAACUAUCCGACAAUUCGAUAAGCCACUUAGCCUGGUAAUGCCGCCUGCUCGACCUCAACAGACGACAAUGCGCCGUGCUGCCCUUAUAUCCAAUGGGAUUGCUGCGCACCAAGGCCGUACUCGCAGCCCUAGCCUGCCAGAUACUGUCAAGGAACCACCAUUCCCCAUUCCGAGGCGUGCAAGCUCCCGAAAGACUCCGUUCAGCGCGAGUGCUCCUAGCGAUGGCAGCAGGAGCCCGACUCGGGAACCGUGGUCUCGCCGUUCAUCCGGUAGAGGACAUCACCGGAUCAAUAGCAUUCGCAAGGUUCGUUCUGCUGCCGCGCUGCCUCAUGUUGGUGGCAGAUCUCGACGUCGUGGGAGCAGAUCCCCGCCGCCGUUUUCGCCGUCGACAGAAGCUCCAGAGAGCCCACAGCUGCCGCCAAUGCCGCACAACGAAAUCACAUCGCCGUACAUGGAGCACCGCGACAACAGAAGCUCGUACGGAUACAGCACGCACAGGAAGCAGCCGUCGAAUACCACGGCGAAUACAGUUAAUACCCAACAAUCUGCUGGCAGCUCUGUUCAAGCCACUAGCGUGGUUGAUGCGAUUGCCCAAACGAUGGUCGGCGAGUGGAUGUUCAAAUAUGUCAGGAGGAGGAAGUCGUUUGGGGUCCCAGAGUCUGGCGCUUUGGAUAGUGAUGCGUCGAAUGGCGUUCGUCACAAGCGCUGGGUUUGGCUUGCACCGUACGAGAGAGCAGUCAUGUGGAGUAGCAGACAGCCGACUUCUGGGCCUGCUCUGAUGGGGAAGAGUGGUCGCAAGUUAACGAUCCAAUCUGUUUUGGACGUCAAGGACGAUAAUGCGGCGCCAAAGGGCGUUAACAACCUCUUCAACCGCUCCAUUCUCAUCCUGACCCCAGCACGCGCCCUGAAAUUCACCGCAACAUCACGAGAACGCCACUACAUCUGGCUAACCGCCCUCUCCUUCCUCGCCCACUCCUCCCAAGCCAUCCCCGAAGUGAUGGCGCCUCACCCACCCCCAAUCGAAAGCGGCAACUUCGACAUCCUGCGCCAAAACGGCGCGCGCCUCCAGAAACAUCCCAUCCGCGACUCCAUCCGCCUCGCCAAGGGCCGCACAACCCUCGCCACCCAAUCCGGUCCUACAACAGCCCAGUCAAGCAUCCACCGCGGCGAAUACAGCAUCCGAACCGACACCAGCACCCGCGGCGGCGCCAGCACCACUGACCACAGCGUCAAAGACAUCGGCGCCCCACACGGCGGUGAUGGCUUCGUCCCCGACGCCGCUGACCCGCCCAUCGUCCCGCGCUUCACCGACCGCGCGCUAAUCAGCGGUAUUGGCCACGGCCGCAAACGCAGCAACACCGGCUCGCGCAUCCCGCCGCCUUUAUCCUUCCGCGGCUUCUCGGAGCGUGGCGCCAUGUCGACGGGCGGGAGCAGUAAUGGCGGCGGCGGUGGGGGGUUCAGCAAUUACGGGCACGCGCCUGCGGGCAGUACGGCGGGGAUGAGCGUUGGGACUAAUGGGUCGAGCGAUAUCUACACCGCUUCCCAGCGCUCCAGCUCCGUCAUGGGGGGGAAUAGUAUUUCUUUCUCCAACGGCCUGUCCAACAACUCCAACCGCACCUCGAUCCGGACCUCCGACGCCUCGUCGCGCCCCGGCGCCGUGGUGAAUAACUUCUUCGAAGCGGUCGGGACGGUGCGGAUGGAGGCGUUUAUCAGCCCGCUCGCGUUCCCGAGGAGCGAUAACGAUUAUCCGGUCCAGAUUGAUGAUCUGGGGAUGGGUGGCGGGUCGACGCGGUCGGGGGCCAAUAGGAGGAGGAGUAAUGAGAGGAGGAGGAGGACUCGGAAUAGGGAUAGUUAUUAUGGGCGUGGGAGGGGGGCGUAUGGGGCGACGGCGGAUGUGGAGGAUUGGUAUGGGGGGAGUAGGACGGCAGGGGAGGAGGAGAUGAAGGGGGGGGGAAGGGAUGAUCCGUUUAGAGGCUUUUAGAGGCGUGAGAGGCGUGAGACGAAGGCCUUUGGGGAGGUAAUGGUUUGAAGAGGGAGAAUUCGGGGGUUGGGACCAACCGCCACCGACAGCAGACACAACAACUGCUGGCGCAUUAUUUACACCGAAAAUUUUGGAGGAAAGGGAAGGGGAAAGGGGGCUGGGACCUUGUUAUUGUUCCUUUUGCCGGAGCAUUAUACCAUUCUUGUCAUUCAUUUUCGGGAGAGAGAGAAGAGCGAGCCGCCUUGCUUGUUUGUGGGGGUACUCUUUCCCGAUUUUUCGAUAGUCUUUUUUGUUUUUGUAUACAAACAUGUAGUUUUAUAUAGGGAGGGGAAGGGGAGAGGACGGAGAAUAUAAAACUUUUGGAUGGGUAGAAACAUUGCUUUUAGUUCCUCGAUUUGCUUUCUGUGCUUGCCCUUAUCCAGAGUCUGAGUCUCUGCCACACCCUGCCCAGCACAGCGCCGAGGAGCACGCCCAUGCAUCAUCACCACUUAUCCAUCCCAUGCAUCCAUCCCCAUCAGCUCUCGUGCCUCAGAUCAGACGGGACGGUAUGAUGGGUAAUUCCCGAGUGCGUCCCAUAUAUCCCGUGGUCUACGAUCCUACCGUAUCCCUUCGGCCCUACCAUCAUCUUGGCGCUCCGUACGACAGUACAGUACCUACCAAGCGGACAAUCUGACAAUCAAUCUCGCUGACGUGACGGAUGACUCCAACACCAAUCCAACCAAUCCAUCCAACUGACUGACUGGCUGUGUGACAGACGGGACCGACGCACCCCGGGCCCCGGCCGGUGCAGCCGGAGGCGCAAAAGGACGGGAAAAUGGGAAAGGGGCAGUUUCCGAUGGAACGGGGGAAAGCAGUGGUUUAUUGGAUGUAGCAAGCCGGGCAUAUCCGUGUGGUCAGUCGGUCAGCCAGUCAUCAGCCAGUUAUCAGCCAGUCAUCAGCCAGUCAUCAGCCAGUUACUGCGAUUGUUGUUGUUUGCAGGUAUCUUACCCACCAGUACUCCGUACUGUUGUCCUCGGUACCAAAAAACCCUGUUUUUGCUUUUUCAUAUUGCGGAAAGUUGUGUACUGUAGUAACAGGAAAAAAAGCGGGCGGCUCACCGGCUCCGCGGCACCGCGGCGAAUCUGCUGUACACAAGGACGGAACCAAGGAACGCAGACGGGGCGUAAAAGAACCCACUAUUCAUCCACGAAAUACCCGUCUAUGUGGAGAUUUGUAUCGCGUGGGUUUGGGGAUACGAGGUGGGAUGGGAUGGGUAUUUUCGAUAGUGGCUAUUAUAUAGAUUGUUAUGGAGUACUGUGGUGAGGAAACUGGGUAGAGCCAAGGAAAUGCUGC